ACCUCACUUCUUUUCUACCUCCGAUUCGCCUGGGCACCAAGUUUCAUUCCACCUAUUUGUUCGGCUGCACAGGGCAACAGCUUACUGCCCAUUUCAUAUUCUGACAUCGCUAUUCAAUAUUAUACACGGCAUAAUCAACUACGAGUACUCGCGUCCUAUCCUUAAUAAACGUUUCGAUAAUGUCGACUCAAUAUACACGUGUCCCUGAAGACGAGCAUGACGACUCGCAAAUCCCGGAGUCACCCAUCCGCAGUACACCCCGCGUUCUCCAGCCCGGCCUCACGCUGCAUACGGACUCCAGCUACACAUACAGCUACGGACCGCCCGGACUCGCAGGCCUCUGGGCAAACGGUUUCGUCCUUAUAUGCGCGGUGUUCGCGUCGAUAGGCGGCAUGAGCUUCGGGUACGACCAGGGCGUGAUAGCUAAUGUCCUCGUGAUGGAUGAUUUCGUGAGACGGUGGCCCGUAACCCCAUUACAGAAGGGCGCGCUCACUGCGGUCUUGGAAUUCGGGGCACUCGUGGGCGCGCUAGCAUCAGGUGUAUUGGCCGACAAGUACUCUCGGAGGCACUCCAUCUUCGCGGCAUGUGUGGUUUUCACCAUCGGGUCCCUGUUUCAAUGCCUCGCUCAGACCAUCGUGCACCUCUUCAUCGGCCGCGCAGUCGGUGGCAUCGGGGUCGGCGCUCUCAGCAUGUUGUCCCCGUUAUACAUCUCCGAAAUCAGCCCGCCCGAAGUCCGCGGCACGCUCAUUGCCCUAGAGCAGUUUUCCAUCGUGUUGGGUGUGGUCGUCGGGUUCUGGAUUGGGUUCUUUACGCGGAACAUCCCUAGUUCGGCGUCAUGGCGGAUUCCCUUGGCCGUUCAGAUCAUCCCUGGCUUACUUCUCGCGUUUGGCGCCAUCGUCCUUCUGCCUCCUUCUCCGAGGCUGCUCGUUCUCAAAGGCCGAUAUGAGGACGCGGAGGCUAGCUUGAUCAAGCUACGUGGACGGGAUGACGAUUUGACCAGGCUCGAGAUGCUCGAAAUGCGUGUCGAAGCGACAUUGAUCAACGAAGCAGACGGGAAGCACUCGAAGCGGAACGAGUUAUCUUCCUGGGGUCGGCUGUUGAGCAAGAAGUACCGGGCAAGGACGUUGAUCGGCGUGUUGAUGAUGGUCUUCCAGCAGUGGAGUGGCAUCAAUGCCCUCGUGUACUAUGGGCCCACGCUCGUCAAGAGUUUCGGUCUCAAAGGCGACACGGUGGGGCUCAUUGUGUCUGGCGGCAUUGGAAUCGUCCAGUUUCUUGCUGUGGGACCCGCUAUAGUGUAUAUCGAUCGACUGGGCCGGAAGCCUUUACUGCGAGGUGGUAGUACUGUUAUGACGCUCUCGCACCUGACCAUCGCCCUCCUUGUGUACCAAUUCCAGUCCGACUGGGCUUCUCACCCAUCCGCGGCUUGGGUCGCCGUCGCUGGGGUCUACACAUUCACGUUUGCUUACGGAGUGUCCUUUGGCCCGAUCGGAUGGGUGCUGCCGAGCGAGGUGUUUCCGCUGUCUGUCAGAGGCCGCGGUGUGGCGCUUUCCACGGCCUCAAAUUGGAUCAACAACUGUAUGUAUCCAAUACGCUCUUCAUUGUUUGAAAUUGAGCGCAUGCAUGCAUAGUCUUCAUUGGCCUGGUGACGCCGGUGAUGAUGGACAUCUCUCCCUCGUGGGUGUGCGCUGGUAAACGCCUGCUGCCCGCUCAAUUGCGUGAUAUAGGGCCACAUUCUUAACCUUUGCCUCGGCAUGCUUCGCUGCGUAUCUUUGGUCAACCUACGGAAUACCUGAAACAGCCGGGGUUGCUUUGGAGGACAUGGAUCGGGUGUUUGGAACGGAUGCUGGUCGCGAAGAUGCUGCCAGGCGCAGGCAGCUUGAGGAGGAGCUUGGGCUGCGAGCUUUGCUCGCGGAGAGUGCCGCUUCGUAGGGCUUCGUACGUCUGGCUUUCUUUCGGUUUAUCAUAUGUGCUUUCGGGACUCGGACCACCGAUACUAUCGCCUCGCAUGGGCCGCUAUUCUCCGUCUGCACUGCAAGAACGGCGUUCCUGGCAGCAUCUCCAUCUUAGCCGGAAAUAGCUUUAAUCUAAGUUUAGGCUAGAACUCGCCCGGCUAGAAGCCGUCCGAAGCUCUUCGGGUGACAGGUACCGGGCAGGAUUCAUAAUAUACAUAUGCUGUCCUCCGGGCUGCGUUCUUUCUCCCUUCCAUCGGCUUCUUCUCACCGUCCAGACGCCCGUUUACUGCUCCUUCCUUCCAGCCAUGUGUCGCAGCCUCCAGCUCUGUUUUACUGCUCUUCUCGCCGCCUCGGUGGCCGCAGCCCUCAGAGUGCAAGCGCCAACCGCGGUCGCCUCAACUCAGAUGACGAAUAUAACGUGGACCCCCGACCAGCCCUGCACCCCUUUCUCGGUUGAGCUCGUCCACAAAGCUUUCCACGACACGUUUGCCAUCGCCAACAACGUCAACUGCACCCUUGGCCAAAUCUCUGUCGUGAUCCCGGAUGUUCCUUCAGCAUCAGACUAUAGUCUCGAGUUCGUCAAUGUCACGGACAUCAAUGAUGUCUUCGCGACCAGCCCUGGCUUCUCGAUAGCCCCGGCACCCAGCACCUCAAGUGCUCCCCAAUCGAGCACUGCUUCUGUGCAGAGUGAUAGCGGGCUGGCUGGAAGUGCUACCUCAACGACGCCGGCGAACGCGACUCCCUCGUCCCCAGCAGCAAGUGCUGCUUCCGUAUCGGGAUCGGUGGCCUCAGUGGCGAGUUCCGCUGCUUCCAGUGCGGCCAGCGCAGCUUCGUCAAAUGCUGCAGUCGGUCGUGCACCAGGCACUGCAGGAGCAGCGCUCGCUGUUUCUGUGGGACUUCUCGCUGGCCUUUGGGUGUAGGGCGCAUGACUGUUCUAUGAAGCUACUGCUCCGACGUUGGACAUGACUCGUUACUCUACUUCCCCAUAGUGUGGUAUGCAGUCCUCCACACACAUCUAUGUGAUAUUUUCCUGGCGUGCACGCACGUGUGUCGUGUUGCUGACAAUGGCAGUGCCAAUGCUCUCCAUUUCACAAGAGGAACCCGCUUUUGGCUGUCAACGUUGGAUAAACUAGAUUAGAGUCCCCCUUCCUUUCAUUCCACUCCGACCGCCCGCUACGACAACGUAGAGAGUUGUAUAAGACCGAGGGAUGCUGACUGAAACGACACCCCUCCUCCCGUCCCUCGCCACGGCCGUCUCCGUCGUCCGCGAGCGUAAGGCUCGUUUCGAAUGGCUCGCACCGCUGCUCCUCAUUACCGGUCUCGCGCGCGGCAUGUCGAUGUAUGCACGAUUCGAGGGGUACCAGCACUCGAUAUGCCCCGCCGAACCGCCAUGGUCGCCCUGCGGCUCUUUCACGACAUGGCUGGCGCUGCCCACCACAUUCACGUACUCGCAUGCUAACGCUGAGUAUCUGCGCGUUUACUUCGACCUCUGGGCGUCGUUCGCGUCGUUCGUCGUGUCGUUCCUGACGAUCGGGUUUUGGAGCGGGCUCGGUGACAAGCGGGGGAGGCGGAUUCCGCUUCUUGGGGCCCUGUGUGGGCUGGUUCUUGGGGACCUCGUGCACAUUCUUCUUUCCUGGAUACACAUUGCACCCACUGAUGCGGGUGACAUAAUGUCUGUGGGGAUCAUGCUCGAGGGUGCGGUGGGCGGUGGAUAUCUGGGAUACUUUGCUGCAGCGCGUGCAUACGCCUUCGAUGUCGCUGAAACACCCAUAUCUCGUGUGACGCUUUUCGGGCUGAACGAUGCGCUGGGGCUGGCCGGGUUCUUCUUCGGCGCCAUUCUCGGACAUCUCGCAGGCUGGCGGAUUGCCUACAUCAUCUCUGCCUCUCUAGGGCUCGUCUCGCUCGCUUACGCGUUCUUGGUGCUCCCAGAAUCGCUCCCCGUCUCGAGCUCCCCCGCUUCCUCGUCACUUCCCGUUGCCGGCACAGCGAUGCCACGCCGUCGUCGGCGUGCUUCUCCACUUAUAUCCAUUGUACGGCCGAUUACGACGUUCUUAGGAAAUGGGGUCACCAAGAUGUAUCUGCCGACGUUCGGCCUCGCGUUUCUGCUGUAUUCUUUCUCUGCGGGUGGAAUGGAUAGCGGGCUCGUUGGAUAUACCACGUUCCUGCAUUCUCUUCCGACUUGGCUGGUCCUCCUUACACCCCACGUUGUGUCUCUACUCGCGCUGCUCAUCCUUCUGCCCCUUGCAGCGCACGUGUACACUCUCAAGUACCGGACGUCGUACCAGUCGUCGGAACUGCUGUCGGUCUCGUUCCUGCGCAUCCUGACGCAGAACGCCAUCUUCAUCGACCUUAUCUCGGCGCUGGGGAUCGUCGUGUUCUGUCUCCCGGACCACGCACACGCUUUGUACGACCUCCUCGCUGUCUUCCACCCACUGUCUGUGAUUGCGCGCCCGGGUAUCUGGGCGCUGGGUGCCGGGUAUCUCGUCUCGCUGGGCAAGGAGCUGGAGGUGGGCCGGUUCUUUGGCGCGCUGAGCGUCUGGAGCGGUUUUGCUGAAGUAGUAUCGCACUUCUUUUAUGGACCCGGGAGCGAGAUAUUUUGGUUCUCCACGUUCCUCCUCGUGACCAGUCUCAUGACGCUGCUGCUGUCGAAGUCAAUUCCAGGAGAGGAUGAGGAUGGUCCUUGGGAUGAUUAGAUCUAUGAUGGACUGCAGAUAUUUAUGCGUGCGACCAGUUCAACUUCACACAGGCUCAGGAUGAUACAAUCCGGUUUUCUUCAUUGUUCAUUCAUGUUUCUAAACGGAGCUCACGAUUGUAAUGAUUAACGCCACACCGGACCAUUUUCAAACAUGAGGGUUGCUCGUCUGGCCGCAUCUGGCCACCAGUGGACAGUGCACACUCCUCGGGGUUGAAUAUCAUCAUGUGAGAUAUGUUCAACUUUGCCCCAUCCCGAUAAGUCCCUGGAUCUUUUUCACGCAUACGAAAAGAUAGGCGCUCUACAAGUUCUUUCAGAGAGAGAUCUGGUAUGAGCUGCUUUCCCACAGUGUCAUGUGAAGCGGUGAACGGAAACCAAUUGCUCGAGCGGAUAAAAUCCGGCAUGCUGAUUGUUCGGGGAAUAGAAUUAAUGUUGAGCAGUGGCGUUGUUAUGUCUGCGUCGAUUAGUGGCUAAAUCACUUCGUUGUGG